GUAGCGGACGGACUCAGCCGCGUUGGCGAGAACGCCGAACGGGUCGACGGAGACGGCAGCGAGUGGACAGUAUCUGAAGACUGGGAAUCCAACACGGGUCUAGUGAACGACAUCUUCCAGGUGACUGACAGCUCAUCCGUCGACGACAUCGUUGACAAACUGCUGCACAGGUUCCGAGAGGAACCCCUGUUCGUCGAGGUCAUCCACGCUAUCAUGAACACGACCGCUACAACAGACGAACGCAAAGCGAAACGUGCGAAGCACCGAGCGGAGCAGUACUCAAUCGAGGAAGGGAAGCUAUGGCGAACCAAAGGGGGCGCGAAGGCACGGGCAAGAGCACGCGUCGAGUGCAUCACAAGAGCUGAAGCGGUCGAACAUGCGAGAGAACAACACACGCAACACGGUCAUUGGGGACGUGACGCGAUCAAGAUCGCCAUGUUGGAUAAGUUCUGGAGCCCCAAGUUGGACGCAUCCAUUAUGGACGGGAUA